AUGCUCGCUGCGCGGCGCCGCCGCCAAGACACUCAUCACUGUGUACGAAACUGGUCCAAUUUACUCAAUAUCAGUAGUCAUCCAACGGUUCUUGACUUGAACUUCUCAUUUGGCUACAAACAGGCGAGAAACAGGCCAGGUAGCGCGUCCCACAGGCCAGAAGCAGCUCCGUUACGUUGCGACUGCGCGCACCGGCGCGUAGGCGCACUGGCGCGGACUCUGAGCCACUGCGCCUCGCGCUGUCACAGUUUUCUUGCAAGCUUGUCAAACAUCCUUCAUCUCAGAGCUACUAAUCGCGUCGCUCGCACGCGAAAAACGUGUAUAGCACAGGAGUACAUAAUAUAG